AUGACGCACGAACUGCGGCGGGUGGCGGCCGCAACCGGCACAGAAAACGCGGUAACCUUGGACACGGCCAUGGACCAGCAGCAAGUGCCUUGCCCAGGAAUACAUCUGACGAUGCGAAGCCGCACAAUCACAUCGAAACCUUUCUCGGACUGCCCCCUGCACCGCCGAUUGCACCCGUUCACGCCACUCCCGCGCAACCGACUUUUCGGCAGGAGAUUUGUCUCCGACCGGAGACCCACAGACUUGGUCCUCAACGGCCUGAUCCUCAACGGUCUGAUCCUCAACGGCCUGGUCCGCAACGACUUGGUCCUCAACGACUUGGUCCUCAACGACUUGGUCCUCAACGACCUGGUCCUCAACGACUUGGUCCUCAACGACUUGGUCCUCAACGUCGGGGUCGAGACCGGACUCAAUGUCGGAUGUGCAGGUGCGCGACGCUCGGGCCCACGCAACCGCGCCCUCACCUGCGGGCGCACUGCGCUUCCGUCGUGCGGCGUCGGACAGAGC